GUUGUGGUGAAAUAUAUAGGAAAUCAUUUUUUUAAAAUUUAGUAUUCAAUAUCCAAGUCUACGGAGAUUAAUAAAUGAUGUACGUAAAAUACAGAGAGGUAGAGAUACGCACUAUGAACCACCAACAAAACUUUAGAAAAUAUGGUGAUGCAGACAGCAGGAUUAUAUGAAACUGUUCCGAAUUUUGGAAACAUGGAUGAUAUCAAGGAGUGAUAUUGCUCGUUAUUACCAAACGAAGAACCAAAUAAAGUUAGCUUUUUGAAAAGCCAAAAACUGUUUUUUCUUUUAUUAAAAAAUAAUCUUUCUCUGUCAUUUAACGGGAGAUAACUCCAUUUGAAUUGUUCCACUUGAUUUCUGUGUUUUGUAAUUAAGUGUGCAAUUAAGGAGAAUACUGUGCCAGAUAUUUUAAGCGUUGUAGGAAAUGUAUUUUAUCCUUAAAAGGCGCGAUAUAGUAAUAAGUGGAAGGUGUGAGAGACAUAAUUCUCUUUUCACAACCAGUAUAUAAAAAAAUUUAACACAUACAAAGAAAUAUAUAUAUAAACAAAAAUCUAGUGGUGAAUGCCCUGUUUAUCAAAUGUGAAGAAUAGAUUUCUUUUCAGGCAAGCCAAGUCAACUUUUGUAUUCACCAUUAUUGCUGUUCCUAAUUUGAAUGAACACCGAUUGAUGUCACUUUUACCCGCAAUAAGUCUUUUGUUUGUUGACGUUUCUUUGAUUUACCUUCGGCUGGGAUAUAAAUGAGAAAAGAAAUCGAUAUUAUAGAAUGUGUUUCUCGUAGUAUUAAAUCGUGGUAGGGACAUUUAACUCAUAUAACCAGAAUAAUUGAAGCUAAGGAAGAUUUAUCAACGACACGCCAGCUUGUUGUGCUGAAUGUUCCAUCACAACCUGUCAUACACAGAAGUUCUGACGCUACCAGAAUACCUACAAACAGUCAUUUAUGGAUUUUUAUAUGUUUGUAGCCUACAUAAUUUUUAUUAACUCCAUCCACAAUUAUUAAUAUAGACAUAGAAGUCUUUUUAUCUACAAUAUGCGUACCACUUGGAGAUGUCCUUCCCAACCAGCAACAAACAUUCUAAGUAUUAUAGAGAGAAGAUAUUUACUUAGCAUGUUUCAUGCACAUAUAAACAGAGUCUCAUGGUUUGGAUAUCAUGAGAAACUAAAUCAUAAUUGAUUACAACCACAGACAUUGUUUUUUAAGAAUUUCUCCAGAGUUAAUAUGGAGGAUGGUAAUCUGUCAGACACUUCUAACACAGAUGUUUCUGACAAUUUAGAUUCAGUUAAACAGAUAUCCAGUGCUGAAGAAUCAUUAUCACAUGGUAAGAAAAUGUUAGAGAGAAAUAUUAAAUCUGAAAUUUAUGGUGAAUCUUUUGUAAAUUCCAGUAAUUUAAACAGACACGUAAGAUUACACUCUGGGAAAAAAACAUUUCACUGUGAAAUAUGUGGAAAAACAUUUGUUGAUAAUAGUUCUUUAAAUGCUCACAAACAAACACACAACAGAAAAAAAAAUUUUCACUGUAAAAUAUGCGGAAAGCCGUUUACUCGGAACUAUCAACUUGUUUACCAUAUCCGUACUCACACUGGAGAAAAACCAUUCCAUUGUGAAAUAUGUGAUAAAUAUUUCUUCACUAACUGUAGUUUAAUAAAGCACAAAAAGAUCCAUUCUGGGAAAAAAGAAUUUAAAUGCGAAAUAUGUGGGAAAUUUUUUUUGGACUAUUCUCAACUUGUUGUUCACAAAAGAACACACACUGGAGAAAAACCAUUCCACUGUGAAAUCUGUGGGAAAGCUUUUCUGAAUAAUUUUCGACUUGUUGCUCACAAAAGAGUACACACUGGUGAGAAACCUUUCUUUUGUGAUCUAUGUGGCAAAUCUUUCUUCUCUAAUACUAAUUUAAAAAGACACAAACUCCAACACAUUGGGAAAAAGGAAUUCCAUUGUGAAUUCUGUGGGAAAUCUUACUUCAGUAAUAGUGAAUUGAAAAGGCAUAGGAGAAAACAUGUAGGAGAAAAAACAUUUCACUGUGAAAUUUGUGGGAAAUCCUUCUUCGAUAAUUGUGGUCUUAUUGCUCACAUCCGUAGUCACACAGGAGAAAAGCCCUAUCGUUGUGAAAUGUGUGAGAAAUCAUUUGUGUGUAAAGGUGACUUGAAUACACACAAACGGAGACACACUGGUGAGAAGCCUUAUCAUUGUGAUAUAUGUGGGAAAUCAUUUUUCUGUAAAAGUUCAUUGACUAAACACAAACGAACACACACUGUAAAGACUUUGAAUAAUGAGUGACCUGAGAAAUCCUUCUCUUGGAAUUUUGGAAACAUGGAUGAUAUCAAGGAGUGAUAUUGCUCGUAAUUACCAAACGAAGAACCAAAUAAAGUUAGCUUUUUGAAAAGCAAAAAAUGUUUUUUUCUUUUAUGAUAAAAUAAUCUUUCACUGUUAGGUGACGGGAGAUAACUCCAUUUGAAUUGUUCCACUUGAUUUCUGUAUUUUGUAAUUAAGUGUGCAAUUAAGGAGAAUACUGUGCCAGCAUCGUAGGAAAUGUAUUUUAUUUUAAAAGGCGCGAUAUUGUCAUAAGUGGAAAGGAUGGGAGACAUAAUUCUCUUUUCACAAUCAGUAUAUCAAAAAUUAAACAUAUACAAAAUAUAUAUAUAUAAACGAAAAUCUAGUGGUGAAUGCCCAUUUUAUGAAUUAUGAAGAAUUGAUUUCUUUUCAGGCAAGCCAAGUUAACUUUUGUAUUCACCAUUAUUGUUGUUCCUAAUUUGAAUGAACACCGUUUAAUGUCACUUUUACCCGCAAUAAGUCUUUUGUUUGUUGACGUUUCUUUGAUUUACCUUCGGCUGGGAUAUAAAUGAGAAAAGAAAUCGAUAUUAUAGAAUGUGUUUCUCGUAGUAUUAAAUCGUGGUAGGGACAUUUUACUCAUAUAACCAGAAUUAUUGAAGCCAGAGAAAAUUUUUCAACGACACGGCCAGCUUGGUAAGUUUCAGGUAGUUUAAUUAUAUCCUACUCAUGUCACAUUUGUCUUGGAAUUUAGCUUUUCUUUUUCAUUCGGUUGCCUUCGUAAUGACUAAUUUAUGGCUUUUCUUUUCUCAUUUGGAUGGGUGUAGACUAGGAGUUUAGCUUUUUAUCUUCUUUAAAUCAUAAGAUAUUAAAGACUUGUACCACAUGAAAAACACUCCGUUCACUCAGUAUUUCGAACUACGUAUAUCUGACCAUAGGCAUUUCCCCUCCCCAGACAGGCUAAAAACGCAGCUGCACACGUACGCGCUGACAUUGGUUGUGUGGUAAAAAGCUUGCUUUCCAACCACAUAGUUCUGCGUACAGUCCCACUACGUGUUACCUUUUGUAAGUGUCUUCUACUAAUGUUCUGAGCCGACCAAUGCCCUGUGAUUGGAUUUGAUUGACGGAAACUGAGAGAAGCUUAUCACAUGUUUACCUGAGUUUAAAAAAAAACUCGUUUUAAAUAGCAACCUUGUUAAGCAAUGCACCGGUCCCAGUACUCGAACCACUUUUGGAAUCUGGCCUGGAAGUCGUUUUCCGUAAGCUAGUCAAGGACUCUGGAUCUCGGCAACAAAAUUAAAACGACGACCUUUGAGCUGCAUUUCCAUCUUGAUAAAGAGAUGGAUGUCCGCAUGUGCUAAAUCUGGCGAAUAGGGUAGGUGCAGAAGCAACACCAUGUUUUUCGCGAGAACUUCAUGAGUGAGGAGAGCUUGGUGACAGGAUGCAUUGUCGUAAUGAAGAAUUCAAUUCUUCGCGCUUCAUAUAUCCAACCUCAAAUGCUUCAAAGCAUCACAGUAGAGCUCUCGACUGACAGACUUCCAGGGAAGGUUCUUCCGUUUUUUGCAGCACCUGUGCCAGUCGAUAAUGUGUAUUUAAUUCAAAACAAUGUGAAUAAAUUAGCAUUACAUUUGGCAGAGUAAUCAGAAUGUUUAAUGUUUAUAGAUAACUAAAAGCAACGGAUAUCACACAUCAGGGUCGGUGUUCCGUCACCUGGAUGAUUAACUAUUCUAUUUUCAUCACAAACUAUGUCACAUCGUU